AUGCGGCUAACUGAUGACGAGGUCCAGGAGUGCGUUUUUGUCAACAACUGGUACGUCUGCCGUGACGAUGUGGAGGUCAUUGAGGGAUAUCUCCAAUUUGAAUCAGGAGAUCCUGGCCUUGCCAUGGAUCAUACAUCUGCACUUCAACAUGCCGCGCGACGAACUUUAGCGUCCAUCAUAGGCGAUUCGAUGAAUCCCGAUGCCAUCAAGACAACACUGACGAUGGGUCCAUCUGUGCAAAUUGAAGCACCUGAGCGACGCCUUGCACCGUUGACGAUGGAAGUGAGCAUUUUCUUGAUUUCGCCUGAUCUAUCCCGAGAUGAGAUCGAGCAAGGCUUCUCUGCCUAUUCUCUGGAUAACCUUUCUGCAUUGUUUGUAUCUACACUCGCAGAACUGUCAGUGGAUGUCGCUGCCAUGGGCAUUUCGGUUUCAGGCAUCGCCAUCCCUUUUGCGUCUCGCCCGCCAGCAUCCUAA